UGGGUCCAGGGAGAAGCUGGGAGACAACGAGUGGGAUAUUUACGAGGAAAUCCCGAGAGGGGAGAUGGGCAGGAACGGAGGCUUUCUCUCCCUUUUGCCGUGACGUCCAAUGGGAACCUUUGCUUUUAGUUUCUGGAAGGCGGUGAUCGCGUUAAUGGAAUUACUAUUAAGAGGAGCUGUGUGUGCCCCAAGGAUAAGGGGUUGAUCAUUUCAUUACACACAGGUGCAUAUAAUCCAGAGGGCAAAUCCUGUGGUCUGCAGACUUGUUCGGCUGCAGGCAGCACAGCUGUGGAGGGAGGAAAAACAAACAGAAGAUGGACUGGAUAAAAUUGCGUUCCUAUUCCAGGAAGAGCCGGGCUGAAAAGAAUGUACACUGUGCUUCUCCUCUGCCAGCUGUGCCUGCAUCUGCAGGCAGAAUGAAAGCUAAAGCCAAAGGACGUACUGACGCUUAUGUCAAAAGAAAGAUUGGAAAUGUCAUUAAAAAGAGUUUACCAAAAAUUCGAGAAAUUUCUGAAGUGACUCAGAUGGACUGCCUUUCAGUUGAACAGAGUGUUGAAUUAAAUUGUAAUGAAAACAGGACUAUGGAGAUGAAUAAAAAUGUCAAAGAAAUGGACACUACUCCAUUGAAGGAUUCUUUGACUUUAAAUUCAGCAAGUAGAAAAAGCCUGAGAAAUAAUGAAACUACAUCAGGAAUGACUUUACCUACAGGUAUUUCAGACUUUCUGUUGGACUGUUUGGAUGCAGAUUCCACUGUGAGCUACAGUACAGAAUGUAGUGAUGACACAAGUAUUUAUUCUUCACCAGAAAUACUCAGGGAUGAAAGAAGUCUAGAAGAAAGCAGUGCUAGUCCACAAGGACCAAGGCUUGGAGGCAAAAAUUCAACUCUCUUGGAUACAAGUAAAGCUAUCAACAUUGACAAGAUGCAGCAGCUGCCGAAUCUUUCAAACAUAUCCGGAGGUCAAGAUUGGACCAUUACAAGACCAUCCAAACAGAAACUGCAUUCUGGCCUGAGAAGUGCUUCAGCUAUAGUAGCAGGGAAACAAGUGCACAAAAUUUUGCCUGCAAAGGAGUUAGCAUCUGGAUCGCCAUCACCUGGAGCCUCCUUACUGCUUCCAAACCAAAACACACAGCUUGAUAAUCAGUCCCCUAAGAAAACAAAGUGCAAGAAAAAAGUGAAGUUCAAAAGCAUGUUGGAAAACACUUCUACCUCCACUGUUUUACCAAACUCAUCUGGAAAAAGCAAGCCAAAUGCAGCUUGUGGGAUUACAGUUGAAAUGUUAGUUUCUGAACAGCCAGGUGCCAACAUGGAAAUCAGUUCCAGAGCAGUGAACCCAGGAAAGAAUGAAGCAUUGCUAACAAGUACAGCAUUUCUGCAGCCGGAAGAUUUAGAGCUGGAUUUGUCAUCGGUGCACAAAGUCUCUCUCAGUGAAGAUGUCUUGCCAAACUCCUGCAGUUUGUUUGUCAAUUCAGAAGAAAUUGUUCCUUCAUCCCUGUCUCCAGAAAGACACAUCCAGCAGUAUCUAUGUAAUCUACCAGAAAUCUGCUCUAUUGUUAAAGCUUCUCCAGAAUAUAGACCACUGAAAGUUCUCCAGCGUCCACUGAACAGAAAAGCGCUGUUCUUUCCACCAGGAUCAACAGAAGAUAUUAUUACAAGUUCAAAAAACUGGGUCUCCAACAGUGACAGAUGAACACUUCUAUUGAUUUGUAGGGCAUGCUAAAAGAUCUUUAUGGGGAGAAAGAAAAAAGAAGCACUUUAUAGAACUCUGCAUAACUGUAUUGUAUGAACUGUUGAUCCAAGAGGCAAAAAAAAUAUAUCUCCAAAUCCUAUGAAAAUCAAUAGAGCUCAUAUUAAGACUAUCCUUAUGUUUUAUAGAUUUCGGUAUUUAUCAAUAUCAUUACCAUUCUAUAUAUAUGUAUGUGCCAUAAUCCCUCUGUGUAUUUAUGUGCCAAAAUCUUAUGAACUCUGUAUUUAUUAACCCUUAAAAGCAGUUGCUUGGGAACGACGUUGGAUAUGCAUUCUGGACCUUUUAUACAUAAAAUGCAAAAUACAUAAAAUACAUGGGAAACUAUUUUGGUGUUUUAAUAACUUUCUUUCAGUGGCAGAAUAUAAAAUAUUGUCCUUAUUUACUUGUUAAAAAAAAAGAAAAUGGAAAUAGACAAAAUUAUAGUGUAGUGUGAGUUUGAACUGAAUAUUUGGAUUUUCUUAAGUUUGAAAUUCAAUAAUAUGUUGAAAAAAAUUAUGAAAAAAAGUACUUCAAGAUGUAUAGUAUGUCCAGGAAUUAAGUUAGCUGGAGUGUGUUUGUUCUGAUUCAUGUUUUGUUCAUGUGCUUAUCCUACACUGAUGCUAAGAACUCGCUGUUGCUUAACAUUUAUUUACCCUGUUAUCAAAUAUGUAUUGUUUUUCUCUUAAUAGUUCUCAGAAAGGCAUGUUAACAUUAUCAAAUUACACUGAAGUGCUUAGAUUUCAGUCAUUGCAGGACAAUUACAUAUACUUCCAAUUCCUAAUAAUUUUCCUUAACCAGGUUUGUGAAGCUAGUUUGAAUGAAUGUGAUUCAGAAAAUUAAGUGUUAACAUCUUUUCCUUAUGAAUAAAUGUGCA